AUGACGAGUCAAGACACAACCCAGACGACAGCCGUUGUGAGGACGAGCACGGUCAAUUCUAGUAUGUUUGAACCCCGGGAACUCGACAUUCUGGUGGGCAAAGAGACACGGGCUCGGAAUCACAAGGGAUCUCGUUGCUUCCGUCUGUUUGUGGAAUCGUACCGUCGUCGGUAUCAAGAUGCCAAGAACAAGCACAAACGAGCCUCGAUUACACGAGAAAUGUACGAUACGAUCACACAAGCAUCGAUUCGCUUUUUGAAAUUCAACGACGAACGCAAGGGAUGGGAAGAAAUCACGUCGACCGAAGCACGCGACAAGAUCACGCACGCUUUGCGGUUUGCUCAAAAGAAGCGACGACGCAAGACACCCCAACGACAAGGCUCCGAUUCCACGCAUCGCUCGGAGACUUCCACGACAUCGGCCACGUCGUUGGACUUGGACCAACUCUUACUGCAGCAACAACAACACUUGACCAGUCCGGCGGCUGCCUUGACCAGUUCGGCUGCAUUGACCAGUCUCUCCCAUAUGAACGCCAGUCUACGCGCCUGCCGAAAUCGAUCUUCCUUUUCGUCCGUCGGAUCCGCCUCCUUGCUCUCCAAUGGCUCCAAAGACUCCAAGUCGAGCAAAAAAUCCAAUCCACGUGUUUCCUUUUCCGUCGUGACGGAAUCCACCAUUUAUUCCGCCGAUCUGUCGGCCAGUGCCACCACGGCCGAGACUGCAUCGGUCGAUCCUUGCGUGCCGCUGCCCGUUGAUUUGUCCUCGACGCAACAUUUUGACAUGCACACAUCGCAGGCCAGUUUGGGAGGAGACGAAUUGGUCGAUAAACCACCAAGGAUGCCUUCGCGACCCACGGAAGAAGAGGAAGAAGAAUUACAACUGCAACAGCAACACCACCACCAGCAACAACAAUCCACACAUCAACAAGACAAUUGGGGGGAAGACGAUGUCCUCAAAAGUGCCGGUAUUGAUACAUUGAUGAAUUCCAGUGCCAAUGGAUUUGAUUUGUUGGAUCCGUUAAUGGAAAUUGACCACGAACGAGGACCCGAUAGUAGCAGCAAUUCCAGCAAAGAAACGCAAUUGGACGAAGACGACGACGACGACGAAGAGAUUCCAACCACAUCGGAACUGCCCAAUAUGGAAUUGUUGGAUGGCAUUGACGAUGAUUUGGCCAACAUGCAUCUGGCCAGCACACAACAAGAAGAGGCCGCCACCACCGCUACUUUUGGAUCCAAUUUUGGCACUGCCCAAGCACCACUGUUUGUGGGACCCACCAACCUAUUUGGUGGUCCUACUAGCGUGAAUCCGGUGGGGUAUGCAUCGGGGAAUCCGUUUCCCGGUGUGGGUCUGUGUGCUAGUAGCCAGGGAAGUGCUGGUGCACAGCAACAACCUCAGGCGAUGGAGGGCGCUCCCAAUGGUACUGGUGAAGAUUAUUCACUAAAACUCAUGCAAGAGCCCUUGUUGGAAUGGUGGAAACCAGAUGGAACAUCCUAG